AUGACACCUUUUGCUGUCCUCUUUCUGUCAGUUGCUAUAAUUGCAUUCCUGGCAGGAGUUCUAGGAAAUGGAAUUAUCUUGGCUGCCAGUUCAUCGAGCUGCAUUGGGAGCAAGACAUGGCCCCCAUAUGAUAUGAUUGUGAUCUCGCUGAGUUCAUCUAGAUUCAUUUUCCAUUUCUGGAAUAUACUGUAUUUGUUCAUUAAUAUAUUGCGUGAACACUCCUAUUUUAAAGAAGAUAUAUCUUUUGUUUUCAAUCCAGGCUAUAUAUUUUUUAGCUACUCCAGCCUCUGGUUUGGAGCCUGGCUUAGUGUCUUCUAUUGUAUCAAGGUUGCCAGUUUUACACAGCAUUUCUUCAUCUGGCUGAAGCUAAGAAUUGCCAGGCUGGUGCCCUGGAUGCUGCUCACAUCAUGGCUCUGCUCCUUCACUGCUGCAAUUCCCUUUGCUUGGGAUGUCUACAGAGUGCACGAGAACUUCACUGCUCCUUUGUCCAUGACAAACUCUUCAGCAAGGAGAACCACAUGGAAUGACAGAUUGACUUUAUUGAAGAAUCUCUGGAAUGCAAGUACAGCUUUGCCUUUAAUAUUGUCUGUUGUUUCAAAUAUCCUGCUGAUUUGGUCUCUGUGGAUACACACUAGACACAUGCAAAAUAAUGCAAGUGGCUUUGGGGACCCCAGCUUAGAGGCCCAUAUGAAAGCCAUCAAGUCAGUCUUUUCCUUCCUUAUCCUUUACAUCAUAUAUUUUAUUUCUUUGCUUCUACUCCUAUACAGUGAGUUUUUAUCCUUGAGCAUUGAGGAAUCUAUCUGUGAAACUCUAUUAGCUGCCUGUUCUACAGCACACACAUUCGUCUUAUUUUGGAGCAAUCCAAAAUUUCAAGAGUUGCCAGCGAGGAUUUGGCAACACAUUAAGUGUCGUGUCAGAACUUCAUCCAUGUAAAAGACAGUGGCUUAGCCUGGACUUUCUAGUUUAGAUCCAAGUCAAUUAAAUUGAAAUCAUCAGAGGCAUAAAUAAGAGAUGCUGGAAUGAGUAGAUUAGGGCCUUGAUGUGGAAUCAUGAAGAAGUGAAAAUUUGCUUUACCUGGUCUUUAAUCUUGUUAUGAAAACUUAUCUAAAUUCUUUACUAUCUACUGUACUUUGUUCAGAAGAUCACCACA